GCAAAUCGAACCCUUCCACGCCCCUGACCACGCAAAAAGCCAGCGCCAACACCGCCGAAAUAGCAAUCCCGUCACAGCUGUCGCAGAUGUGAUUUGAUAGCCGCCGGCCGCUGAGGUCUGCUGGGACCCGUCCGGCAAGAAUGAGGGCAUGGGAGGGGAAGGGAGGCAGGCGCUCAAAUAUAGAGAGCCCAUCCCGCUGUUGUGGAGGCGAGCACAUUAUCCAUCCUGAACGUGAAAGAAGCUGGGUCCUGUACGAGUCGAGUUGAUCUCUCUCCCUGAUAGAAUAUCUCUGGCUGUGCCUCUCCCAGAUCUUCAACUCUGUUCUUUUCUUCCGGAACUCGUACGACCGCUGGACGACCUCUAUUCUGCUCUACAUAUCUCUACUUCACAUCCUCCACGGUCUAUCAUCUCUUCCCGCAGCCAUGCGCAACUCCUCCGCCUCCCAUUUCCUCGCCCUCCUCUCCUUCGCUCUCCUCACAGCCGCACAAUCCACCAUCCAAAGCACACAUACCCUCCAAAUCACCCACACCGCCGCCGCUACCUCCGCCGCCGCCGCCGCGACCUCGGCACCCGCCGCCGAGGGCUACAAUGGCGGGACCGACAACCCAGAAGACCCCUCCGACGCCGGCGCUAGCGGCUCCUCGCAAGGCGCCUUCUCGCUCUCAAAAGGCGCCCUCGCCGCCAUCAUCGUCGUAGUCGUAGUCGUAGUAAUCGGCGGAGCCGCAUCAGCAACCCUCUUCUACCUGGCCAAGAAGCGUCAAUGGGACGUGCGCCAGUCCAUCCGCCGCGCCUCGCGCCGCCUCACCGGCCGCAGCAUCCCCGCCAAGACGCCGACGCGGUCACAGAACCGGCGGACGGGCGUGCGGAUCGCGAGCCCGCCGCCGAGCGCGAAGAUGUUCAUGCCGAAGGGCGGCAGUGGGCGCGAUGUGGAGAAGGGGCUAGGUGGGGAGAAGGCGAGCGGGCCCAGGACCACGACGACGAUCACGAGCCAGUUUGAGGUCGAGACGCCGCGGCAGAAGGGGUGGAAGGGGUAUUUUGGGGGCGCGCGGUAGGGCUACUUCGGGGCUUUGUUGAUACAUGGGUGUCAAAAGGGAAUGGGGGAUGAAGAGGGUGUGUGGUAGCAUUGGUUCACUUCGUUUCUUCUCUUGUCUUGGUCGCGUUCGGGCGCAGCAUCAACCGGUCUUCUUCUCUUUGGUUCGCCACGGUAUUUUGCGACGGUAUUUGAGAUAUCCAGAC